AUGUCCCUACCCUCAUCUUCCCCAAUAUCCCUCAUUACUCAAUUAGCCCUUUUCGAUAGAAAGUGUGAUUCAAGUUACUCUUCUCUCGCUGAAAACUUGAAAUAUCUCAUUCAACUCGUAUAUCUACUCCCGUCUGCAAUACUUCACGCAAGGAUUUUGUGGAUUUUAGUCUGGAAAUAUCGAUCGAUUUAUUUGAAACAAUCCUUUUAUGUUCUGUUCUUGAUGAGUUGUAUCGCUUGUUUCAUUCUUGUCGUUCAGGAUAUUCUAUUCGCCAGAGUAUUUCAGUACUUUCCACAGUUCUGUGAAUCGUUGUCAGAAUUCGUUAAGACAUAUCCAAUCUUCGCUUUGAUCUACUAUCCCCUCCAACAACACCUCCAUUGUGCCCAACCAAUCAUCCAAAUUCUUCUGACAGUCAAUCGAAUGUCAUGUGUUUUAAUUCCAUGGAAAUAUAGUCAGAUUUGGAAAAAGUACAUGCCUUAUAUCAUUUCACUCGUUAUAUUCAGUCCAUUUUUAUUCAUCUGGAAUGUCAUUAUUUCCCCGAAAAUCCCAGUUUACACAUUCGGAGGUUUUUAUAUUGGAUACGAGAGAAUUGUUAUUUGGAGUAUAUUCGCCUUCCAAGUGGUCCGUACAUCCACAAGUAUCAGCUAUUUUCUACUACCCAUCUCGUGGGAUAUUCUGAAUGUUGGAACACCGAUUGUGAUGGUUAUGGCGUCGAGUCAAUUGAGGAAACAUGUAUUCGGAACAUUCAAAAGAUCAAGGAGUAACAGUCGAGUGGAUGAAGGAACUGUUGUCACAGCGGACGUGGUUACGGCAUUCCUUCUAGUUCUCAACUCAAUUUUCUUCACUCGUCCAAUGAUGUAUAUACCUCAAACAUGUGAAUUCCUACUCGAUUUCCUUCAAAAUCAUCAUAUUCUUCUGGAUAUUUACUAUCCAAUUCUAUCUCCAAGCUUUUCAAAUACUUAUCCAAGUUCUCUUCAUCGCAAAUCGUGCUUCUUGUGUACUUUUCCCAAGAAAGUGGUUAGACAUGCAUAUGGAGGUCUAUUUAUUAUUUAUGUCAGGUAUUUUGGUUGGGCUAGAAGUGUAUUCUUCUUCGCUGUGCUUCGUGGUGUAUCGGUGAUUCUCAUUGUUAGUUUUUCUGUCGUCACUGUCAUCAAAAUGACAAAAAUGAAGAAAAGGAUAAAGGAAUCUGAACGAAGACUCUGUUGGGCUUCAGUUUACUUAUCGCUUUGUUAUUUCACUCCAGCGGUCACAGAAUACUUAUACUCCCGAACUACUUCAGCUUUGCCUAAUGAUCACUACCUGUACGGAGUGACACUCAUCAGUUGGGAUAUUCAAAAUAUCGGAUCUUCUUAUAUCAUGCUAUUGUUCAAUCCACCAUUCCGGAAGCAUAUUUUUCAAAUCUUCAAGAAAAAUACAUCGAAAGAGAAACCUCAUCACAUUAAAGUCACUUCGCUGUCUCAUGGCUAA